AUGGCCUCCAACCUAAUAGCGAUGGCCUCCAGCCUAAUAACAAUGGCCUCCAACCUAAUGGCCCAAACUAAUAGCGAUGGCCUCCAGCCUAAUGACAAUGGCCUCCAACCUAAUAGCGAUGGCCUCCAACCUGCUUUCAUGUUGGACAUUGAAACGGCAAGAUCCUCUUCAAGUCGUGUGCUACGCAAGCUCCAAGAUCGUGAAUUUUGGGCAGCUCCCAGGGGUACUGCAAGCAAGAGCCAUUGAACAUUUGUUGACACCAGGAUUGUCAGUUUUACAGCUCUGUUUCAGGUCACUGUCAGCCUGGUGGAGGAGUACAUCAAGCCUGAAGAGAUGGUGAUCCUUUGUGUGAUCCCUGCCACAUCGGACUUCGGAAAUGCUGAGGUGGUGAAGUUGGCACGCAAGUAUGAUCCAGAUGGCAUCCGGACAUUGGGCGUUGUCACCAAGUGCGACGAUGCAGCGAAUGCCGAAGCAUCAGACAUUGUGGAGAAGGUCUUGAUGGAAAGGAAUUCGGAUGUCCGUCUUCAGCUUGGAUUCCACUGCGUGGUAAAUCGCUCGCAGAAGAACAUAGAGGCUGGCAUGAGCAGAGAGGAUCUUUGGGACAAGGAAAAGAAGGUCUUCACUACCAGUGAUCUCUUGAAGAGGAUUCCAAAGCACCUCUGGGGCACGCCCAGGCUCAUGGAAAAAAUAGCAAAGGUCCAAGAGUCCAGAGUGGAUGAGUGUCUACCCAAGAUCAAGAGUGAAGUGCGCCACACGCUCUUGGAGUUAGAGCAGAAAUUGCGCGAACUCCCGAUCCAGCCUGAAAGCGAGGUCGAGCAAUUUCGCCUCUUCAAUGACACAAUUUCAAAGAUCAGGGAGGAUUUGUCACGGCGUAUUCGUGGGGAGUUCAUGAGCGCCGAGAGUGCAGACAGAAACCUCACCAUUGCUCCAAAGGUUGCUUCCAUGGUUCAGGAGUUCCGGCAGGACCUGCUCUCAAAAAAUCCGGAAUGGUUAGGGGAGGACAUGAUCGAUGAGGUGGAUGACACAGUGAAAACUUUUGUCACAGGUCACACCGUGGACAACUUGACUGGGCCCCAAGUGUUUAUCAACUUCAUCAAACAAGUCUUUAUCAAAGAGGGGUUGUUGGAAAAAAGCGUGAACGGCCUUGUUGCAGAUGUGGGUGAGCAUCUGCGAAUGGUAGUGCAGCACGUCAUUCAAGAGCAUGCGAACAUGAGUGGCGCCCUUUGCAACCGUUUGGAGGCAAAGGCAGAGGACCACAUUGAUCAACUUACCGCCAAGGCUAGGUACUUCUGCAAGGCAAUUUCUGAGUGUCAGGAGGUGACAUUUACCACAGAUGGUGAAUACACGGAAAACUUGAAUGAGUUCCGCAAAAGUAUUUGGCUAAACAACGACCCCAAAAAGUAUUUGGCCGCAAAUUUUGGAGCAGAGGGGCAACUGCCCUCCGAGUUCUUGGAGCUAUUGAAGCAAGCGAAGGAAGAGCCACGGAAGUUGGCAACCUUGGAAAUCUGUGCUUCUUUGCAUGUGUACACCAAGCAGAUGAUAAAGAACUUUGUGGAAACGUCGGCCAAACUCGUGAAAUUCAACAUGUUGGACAAGUUGGCAAAGAAGCUGGAAGAGUCCUGGAGAGAGGACCAAAUGAGCAGCUUGCGUGAGCUGUUCCCAAAGGAUGAUGCUAUAUUGAAGCGCCAGCAAGAUCUCAAAGAAAAGAUCGAGACUUUGUACGAGUUCAAGGAGCAGCUGUCAUCUCUGCGGACAACUAUUUUGCUUGAUAGGAGGGCAGUCACGGGACGCACGUUCUCAGAGAAGGCUGAGGCUAGGGCCGGCUAGGGCAAAUGCCAGAAAACCCUUUCAGUGGGACUUUUCAGAACAGCUGACCAGCGAGAGCUUCAGCGUGGAUGGUAAAACCAUUUUGAGCGAGAAGUUCACCCGAAUGAAUGUGCCAGAUCUUCAGGUGAGGAUUAAUGCCCAAAAAUUGGCCGGCCACAGCCGCUUCAUUUCCAUUUCCCUUUUUGCACCUAAAGGGUGGAAGCUCAAAUGGAAGACGGUCAUUGGAGGUGUGGAGAGGCAGUCGGAGCAUGAGUUUGAGGGAGAGGAUUUUCAUGAAUGCCAGAAUUGCCAUUUUAGAGGCAAUGUCACUGAAGUUAUUGUGCACCUGCUGGAAGCAACCCUAACAAACUCAGGUUCCUAGUCCCUGGCCAUGCUUUGGGGUCUUAGAAUGAUUGCCCCGGUUUUGUUGCGGCCUUAAACGCCAACAGCUUGCAUACAGACGUAAGGACUUUUGUCGAGCUCGCUGAAGAUAUGUGACUGUGUCACAGGGCACGCAUGGACUGUGUGAAA